UAUAUAUAAUAUAGAAAGAUGAGACGAGACGCGAUGCGAUGCGGCCUUUGCUGGAUCGCUGCUCAUGUCAUGGCUAAACUCAAGAGGGUGUGUGUUUUCUGCGGAAGCAGACCUGGCAACAGAAACAUAUUUAGUGACGCUGCCCUCCAUCUCGCUACACACCUCGUUGAGAGGCGGAUGGAUUUGGUGUACGGAGGAAGCAGUACUGGAUUAAUGGGUGUGGUUUCCCGGACAGCACACCAAGGCGGCUGUUCUGUGGUAGGAAUCAUCCCGGCUGCACUCGUUCCUGCUGAGAUAUCAGGGCAUGCAGCGGGACAAGUGUUGGUUGUUUCGAGUAUGCACGAAAGGAAGGCCGAGAUGGCUCGUCGAGCAGAUUGCUUCAUUGCACUCCCCGGAGGAUACGGAACCAUGGAAGAGAUGCUGGAAAUCAUAACCUGGUCUCAGCUCGGCAUCCAUAACAAACCAGUUGGGAUCUUAAACGUGGACGGCUACUACGAUUGCCUGCUUGCAUUGUUCGACAAAGGAGUUGAAGAGGGAUUCAUCAAACCCGCCGCCAGGAAUAUCGUCAUAUCUGCAACCACCCCCGAGGAGCUGCUCCGCAAGAUGGAGGAAUACACACCCGUGCAUGAACAGGUGGCACCGCAUGAGAGCUGGAGCAAAAAUGAAAGUACAGAUUCACAGUAAUUUGUAUUUUUGAAUAAAAUAGCAAUUGCCCUGUGUCUCCAUGCUUCUGAAGUCUGAAGCAGUAAUUUGUACUUUGAAAAAGGAUCUGUCUGUCCUUGUACACUAAUGGCAGUAAUGUGAGUAUGAGCCAUGAUGGGCUUUAUAA